AUGGCCGCCGCGUCGGUCGCGGGGCUCGAAGCCCACAACAUGGACGAGAGAAAAUUUCAAUACUUCUCAUCCAUUAACUCCAUGGCCAAAAAGAUUAUGCAAGAACGUGAGAAAAUCAAACACAAGCACGGGUCGACGUGGGAGAAAAUGUCGCCACAGGAGCAGGACAACGCCAUCGACAACUGGAUGAUGGACCCUCACAUCCGAGCUCGAUACGCGAUGCACCGGGUGGACCGAGAGGAGGUGGUCUGCUACCCCAAGCUUCUCAUCCAGACCGGUCAGAAGAUUGUCCAUUUCGGGGAAGAGGAUAUAACAUGGCAAGAUGAGCAUUCGGCCCCCUUUUCAUGGGAAACCAAGAGCCAGUUGGAAUUCAGCUUGACACCCAGCUCUGACCAUGGCGUGUCCAUCUCUCAAGGGGACCCCAAACCUGCAAAGACCCCUCACUCCAAUCAGUUUGGCAAGAAGGAAGAGUCUGCUUUCUGGAAGAUCAGUGCGGAGCGAUCGCGGCUGGAGGGUGAGCAAGCCGACUUCCAGUCACUGACACCCAGUCAAAUCAAGUCCUUAGAGAAAGGAGAAAAGCCGCUGCCCUCGUACCUGCGCCAGGUGAGUCACUUAUCACAGCUCGAGCCCCAUCCUGUCGUGGCGUCCAGGCCGGCCAAGCAACGAGCGCCCAAGCCGCCGGCGCCACAGCCGCCUAUCGCAAAAUCCCCCGCCGCUUCAAUUUCCAUUUCGCCAAAUCCCGUCCCUCCUCUCAGUGUCUCGUCAUCGGUGGCGGGCUGGGAGCGGUCGCAGAGCACCCUCCCGGUUGUCAGCUACACCGUGGACGAGGUUUUCCCCAACCCCAGCCCCCUUGCCAAAAGCCCCACAGUCCCUAGCAACAAGGAAAAAGAGGAGGACGCCUCUCCUGCUAGUCCUGCUUUUUCACAGUUGAACAGCAGUAACAGCAUCCUGAAGACAGGGUUUGACUUCUUGGACAACUGGUAA